UAUCAGGAAUCUUGAAAUCGUACAUCCGAGCUAUUAAACCAUCAAGAUUUUUUUCCAUUUCACCGAAAACCGAAGUACAAAAUGACGGGUUGCGAUAAAGGAAUGUGGAUGAAAAUCGCGUUUUAUCGUAAAUCUUUUCACGCGAUCAGGAUUAGAAGAGAUGUGUGUCUUUAGCUUGCGUUUUGCUACUUUGAAGACUUUAACAAAUUACUAGUGAGAAAAAGAUGUCUAGAUACAAAUUCUCCUUGUAUGAACGAAAAAAGCAAAACAAAUAGAGUUUAUUGAUAUUUAAAGUGAAUUAUAACGCAAAAAAUAUCAUUGGAAGUACAAAAGUGUAUCGGUACUUAAUCUUGACGCAAUAAGACGACGAGAUAUUUUAAAAGUAACUGAUUAACACCUGGACGCGAACGUACAAGUUAUUCUAUGAAGAAAUAUAAGAGCGCAUCAGCGGAUUAUCUCGGAGCAACAAGACGACGAGUUAACGCAUCGGUAAUUUAAGAGAGCAACUCGAUAACGAUAAACAAGAGUGAUACGUUCGUUAAACCACGAUAGUGUAUCGACGAGUAAUCUCGGAACAACGAUAUGACGAGUUAGUUUUUCGGUGACUCAACGGUGACUUCUCAAAAGAGUGUGAUACGUUUAUCGAUAUAAUCGAGUGAUUGGAUCGGAAUAUAUACACGUACAUAUACACACACACCAUCAAAAUAGAGUAUCCCGGUAGCAGCGGCAUGUACGGGGGCGGGUCGGCGGGAAGCGCGGGCUACGGGGUCGGUCUGGGCCCUGGACCGGGCCCCUCGCACUACGCGGCUCCCUCCGCUACGGUGGGCUAUCAAUUGGGCCCGCCACCUCCGCCACCGCCACCCCCGUCCGCCUGCCCCGCCGCCGGAAGUCAACUUCUGUCUUACGGGUCCGACUUAUCGCCUCAUCACAUCCAGCAGGCCCACACGGAGACCCAGCAAUCGAAAAGACGGAGAUCUGACGAGGAUGAUCCGAGUGGGUGUAAAUAUAGGAGACUGGACGACGAUAACGUCCAGGAUAAAGAGAGGUUUGCAAGCAGGGAGAAUCAUUGCGAGAUAGAGCGGCGGCGGCGGAACAAGAUGACUGCCUACAUUACUGAGCUCUCCGAUAUGGUGCCGACCUGUUCAGCCCUGGCCCGGAAACCUGACAAGCUCACGAUCUUGAGGAUGGCAGUGGCGCACAUGAAAGCUCUCAGAGGUACCGGAAAUACCGCCACGGACAACGCCUACAAACCUUCUUUUCUCACCGAUCAAGAGCUGAAGCAUUUGAUUCUCGAAGCGGCCGAUGGUUUUCUAUUCGUCGUGAGCUGUGACACAGGCAGGAUCAUCUACGUGUCCGAUUCGGUCGCGCCCGUGUUGAACUACACGCAGAGCGAUUGGUACGGCACCAGUCUGUAUUCACAGGUUCAUCCGGACGACACCGAGAAGGUACGAGAGCAGCUCAGCGCGGCGGAACCGCAACACGGUGGCAGAGUCUUAGAUCUCAAAACCGGAACGGUGAAAAAAGAGGGCCAAUCUUCGAUGCGGCUAUGCAUGGGUUCGAGGAGAGGUUUCAUUUGCCGUAUGAAGGUCGGUAAUCUACAGACGACGGGCGACAUGGCGGCAGCGCACGGGCUGCACCGUAUGAAGCAGAGGAACUCCCUGGGUCCGCCGGCGCGGGAUGGCCAGAAUUACGCGGUGGUGCACUGCACCGGUUACAUCAAGAAUUGGCCACCCACCGGUGAUUUUGUUCCCCCAUGUGUACCAGGUGUGGGUCUAGGUGACAGAGGACCCGGGGGCGUUCAGACUGGUCCGGAUGGUGUAGUCACGGAUGAGAAUGCCACCACGCAUUGUUGCCUUGUCGCCAUUGGGCGAUUACAGGUCACUAGCACACCAAAUAGUAGUGAUUUAGCAGGUUCUAAUAGCAAUAGCGAAUUUAUAUCACGUCACUCUGCGGAAGGUAAAUUUACCUUCGUGGACCAAAGAGUCGGUGGUAUUUUGGGUUACACCCCAUCGGAACUGUUAGGUCAUCCAUGCUACGAAUUUUUUCAUCCAGAGGAUCUAACACAUAUGCGGGAAAGCUUUGAACAAGUGUUGAAAUUAAAAGGGCAAGUCGUAUCUGUCAUGUACAGAUUUCGAGCUAAAAACCGCGACUGGGUGUGGUUAAGGACAUCGGCAUUCGCGUUUCUAAAUCCAUUUAACGAGGAUGUCGAAUAUAUUGUUUGCACAAACACACACGCAAAAUCCUUUCAUCCAAGCAACGAUGGUCAAACGGAGAGCGAAGCUGUACCUGCCUAUGGACAACCUGGUCUCGAUUAUUCCCUUCAAAGACAUCCUGCUAGAGAUCCGCUAUAUUCUGCGCAUCAUAUGAUGCAGCAUCCGGCAACUGUAGCUACAGCCAGCCCACAACAACCGAGGCCGUCCAGCACGCAGAAUGUCUAUCAAAGUUAUGAAACGACGCAAUCACCGAUAGCUUAUGGAUCACCCGGACAGCAAAGUGCGUCCUCGUCGGUUUUAAGUAGGAUUCAGAAACCGGCUAAUACAUCGCCAACUCCGCAAGCAUGGGCGAUUGGAAGACAGCAACCUGUGACAGAGGGAUACCAGUACAGUCAAUUAAGUCCAUCGAGAUCACCGAGCGGGCCAACAUAUACGCAGCUCAGUAGCGGCGCUAGGACACCGGCUACGCAACAAUAUCAUGCAGUCACAACAGUGCCUAAUAAUCCUGCAGGUAUGUGGGGUUGGCAAAAUCAACAGCAUCAGACGCCGCAGCCAGACGGGCAGACCGGCGCUCAAGUGGCCGCGCAAGCGCAACCACCGCAUCCUGGACAGGCCGGACCCGGCACACAGCCGCAAGAACUGUCCGACAUGCUACAGAUGUUACAGGAUCAGGGCGGCUCGUCCGGCUUCGAAGAGCUGAACAUGUUCAAUACUAACUUCGAGUAGCAACGAGAAAGGCGACACGCCUUUGGGAAGCAGCUUCUACUUUAGAGGAAUUCUUUCUCGGGACUUUCUCCGAUCGUUCGGUAUCACUUUGGGGAUUAAUUAAUCCUAUCUGGUAUCGCAAUUCGCACCCUCACGUCAGAGCAUCCGGAGGAUCGUUCAUGGAGAAAGGAGAAACGCGAUUUAACAAUUUAGCACCGCAUAUAUAGACUACGCAAAAAAUGAUCGCACGGGAUUAGGACAGCCUAGUCUACCGGGUUAUUUACAUAUAAUUCAUACGUAUAUAACGAAAGGUUUGAGCCAUUAUCGAGGGUAUCAGACGCUGUCGGUACGAUCGCCGCAUCGUACGCUCCGAUUGUUUGAAAUAAUUGUUCAAAUUGAUGAGCAUGAUUUCGCAGCGAAAGUGCCAUUAAGACAUCAAGCGCGACUGUACCUUCAUGAUGACAAGCGAUUAUUGAUUAGGGCUCGAAAUGAUUAUAAUACGCACAGAUGUGUUACUCACGUUUGGUAUUUAGCACAAGGCAUUAAAUAUGAAAGGAGCACAAAUAUAUCGUUUGAAGUCAAAAACGCGCAAUUGAUAAAGGUGUCAUUAAUACAGAGUGCUUUUAAUGCACUUAACGCUUUGAAAGCAUUAUUUCGAUGAUUAUAUUUUGAUGAAUUUGGAAUAUUGUAUUUAAAAUUAAAUUGAUUCCGCAAACUUACUUAUGUCUGUGAAAGCUAUUUAAUCAAAUAAUAAAUAGCUUGAAAAUAUGGAUAUUUACAGCCUUGUUGCAAAUGUUUUUAAAGAUAUGUAAAUAUCUUAUCUGUGCUUAUUAUACAAACAAUGUAAUUUUAAUUUACAUGACAAUUCUAAUUGGAAUAACAUGCGAUUCGAUAAUGAAAUUUAGAAAAAAAAGGAAGAUGAAAAUAACGAAGAUAUACUCUAAACAAUAAGAAAAAAUAUUUUUAAAAAAACUUCUCUCAAUCAAAUCUAUACACAAAUCACGGUAAUUUUAAUACCAGCUUAUCGUUAGAUUCAUAAGGUUAGCUUAAUUAUGUAUUUUAAUUUAGAUCUUUGUAAUUAUAAACAGUGCAAUCAUAUAAACCGACACGCGACAAGAAAUCGUUCAAGACAUUGAUAAUGUACAAAAAUUGUGUAAUCCACCUUUGCUUCUCUGUGCAAGACACCGUUUUUAGAUAUUCUUAAAUGAAAAAAAUAUAGAUAAUGUUACAUAUAUACGAAUAAUUGCAUUUAUAAGUAACCACGUGUGACUUAGCGCGUUUGUACGUGUUUUAGCAAAUUUUGAUGAGCACAUUGAAACGAAAUUGCAGCAUAUCAUGAUGAAUUGGGAACAUUUUUCACUAAUAUAUGAACUAUACAGAUAUGCAUGAUUUUUUUUUUGAUGAACCUACAGGCGAAAGUAGUACCAUCACUUUUUGACAAUAAUUAACAUAUUGGGCCUCUUUAAAUACAGGCAUCAAUAUUUAUGCGUGAUUGUUAAGUACGGAUUCGUCUCUAUCACAGAGAGACUACUUCACAAAUCCCUUAUCCACUGUUAUAUAUUCCUUUGCACAAUAUCAACCCACAUAUUAUAGCUCCGCAAGAAGAAAUCGCAAAAUGAUUAAUAUGAUUUAAAGAACGAAAGGUGUUAGAAAUGCAAAUAUAUCAUGCAAUAAAGCUAUAAAAAAAUA